CAAAACAUGUUGUAGCAACCGUGUGUGGUUUGUGGAAGGUGCUAUCGAAACAAUAAUUAUUCCGAUUACGUUUCUUUGGUGGUCCUACCUGUUCAGUGCAUUGUUUAGGGUAAAAGUUUACUGUUUCCAAAUCGUAAUAAAAGUUCCAAACGCAUCUAGAAAGUUGGCCCCGAAACACCAAAAUGUCGGAAGCAACGAACGAAAUACCGCUUGACCGCAAGCUGACCGAAAUUUUCGACGAAGGAUAUAGCGCCAUGAACCGCUUGGAUGAAAACACAACCAUUCCUUCGAAUGCAAACGAAUUUCAGGUAGCAGUAAAGAAAGCCAUUGGCCUGUUUGAAGAUGCCACAAGGCUGGUCAGCCUGGUCGGAAUGUUUAGCACGAACGAAUCGUACGAGGAAGUUCCAACGGAAAAUCUGCGCUACUUUCUGCUUCCAUAUUUCCUCGGCAGCAUGACUCUGCGGCUGUGCAACGUGAACCGGGCGGAAGUUAUAGAAGUGGCGGAAGUUUACUUUAAGGAUUUUUUAGCACGGUGUGAAAAUUACCGAUUAUACGAAACGCCCGACAAAGAUGGUGAGGCCGCAAUGAACGAAUUGGCCCUGGUACCUGGUGCAUCGAGCGAUAAAAUACGCGAACUCCAACGCAUGGGACAGCAGAGAAAUGAGAAGAUUCGCAAAUUUCAGGAAAAGAAAGAGCUGGACGAAAAGAUCAAACAGCUGCGUUACGUGGUCGAACAGUCCGAGGCAAAGAUAGACGAUGAGACGAAGCGUGAUUUUUUCCUAUCCCUCCUUCGAUUGGCCAUUAUAGAAUCGCAAGACGAACUGGAAAGCAUCGCGAGAGAAAAACAAAUGCUACAGUUUGUCGCAUCCGCCAGACAAAGCGGUGACAAUGAGUUUGAGGAUGGUGCUUUAGGUGGCGGCAUGAAAAAGCGCCCCGUAAAACCAUUAAAGCCCAUCAUCAUCACGCGGGAUGCGGUGCAGAAAGCCGUGUACGGUAGGGGAUAUCCAAGCUUGCCAACGAUGACGGUGGCCGAAUUUUAUGAGCAACGAGUAGCGGAAGGUAUUUUCCCGGAUCCCGAAAAGAUGAAGGAAGUGAACAAAAACUCGCUAAUGAACAAAGUGCAUCUGGACAAUGCGGCCGAACAGGAUCGCGAGGAUGAAGCGCAGGAGCAACUGAUCGAGCGUGACGACGAAGAAUAUCUGGCACGCCAGCGAGCAAAGGACGAGUUCAAGGACGAACAUCGCCGCGGUGAAGGAAACCGGCACAACCGUAGCUAAGGUUAUGAAUAAUUGUUUAUUUGUUUGCCUAUUGUUUUUAUAACUGUGUGCAAGCCCGUCUCGCUAUCGAAUACAGGAGAACCAUCGGAAUGCCAUGCAUAUGAGUGUGGUAAUAGCUAA